GUAAAUCAAGCCAGGGUGAGGUUUUAGGCAGUCCGAGUGGCUGCAAAAGAAGUCAAGAGUGACAAGUGUUUUAGUAAUUGUGCUGUGAUGAAGUUCAUGCUGAUUUAACUGCAGGGAUGUGUAUACCUCUGGGGGUUUUUCUCAGCACUAUGGUGCUCCACUCUGUGUCAGCUGGAGGUGUGUAUUGUGCUAAAACAGCAAGAGCCCGAGCAGCUGCCUUGGGUUUGGAUUAUCCUGGAGUCCAUGGAGCCCCUGAUCUCUAUGGACCACCUCAUCAUGCAGCGCACCCUCAACCUUACAAUAACAUGAAUGACCAGGAAUUGGCCUCCUAUAGACAAAAUCAUCCAGAAGGAAAGCUCAUUGAUGACACAAUAUAUAAACAACCUUACCCCGUGAGAUCUGACGGAUUCCUACUGAGCCGUGGCACCUACAAACCACUUCAAAGUGGAUACACUACCGACCAAGUGUCCGGAUUUCCCAGAGGACAUUCUGUUAGUAACCACGAGCCCAGUUUUGAGGAGGUCAAGCAUGUUGCCCUACCAGCGUUGGGUCAAGCCCCUGGCCAGUCUGACCUUGUGAAUUGGGAUCCUCGGGGUCACAGUAAGUCCCACUCAUUUGUCUACAAUGAGCAUGACCUUGUUGUUGACGAGUCUGCCCCAAAUAGACAUGGCAUGUCUCUGAGUGAACUCCCCCUUCCCAAAACCAUGGGUCAUGUUGCUUACCAGAGGGGUCUAACUGGAUAUGGCCUGGGAAGAGAGGUCCCUGUCCUUGGUUCAUCUCGCUUCAUCAAAAAAGGACACACCAGAGCACGGAUGAGCCAAGGUCCUGUAUUUGGAAGUUGGAUCAGGUCUCCUGGCCGUCCUCCUCAGUAUCUGCACAGAAGUCUCAAUGUCCAACCUUUUGUUCAAGGUAAUGCUGUUCUGAGACGUCUGAUAAAACCCAAAAUCAAGUUCAGUUAGAGUGACACAACAAACUAAAGGGCCUGAUGCAUACCUUGGCUGUCUUGUCAAAUGGCAUCCCUGAAACAAGUUCCUACAAGCAUGUUGAUAAGGAAUAAACAGUAUGCAUUUAGAAUCA